AAUUUUAAAUCACAUAUAUGAGUUUAAUUUCUAGUGUUAAAGUGUUUAUGUUAAACAAUUUAAGCAAAACUAUUAUAAAAUGACACAAUUUUUUGAAGUUGAUAUGUACAAUUAUGAAGAAUUGGGGUGUCUCGAUGAAAUUUUCAAAAAACAAGCUGAAGCUACACCUCAUGCUACAGCUGUUGUUAACAUCGAUGGUUCUAUAACAACAUUCAAAGAAUUAGAUGAAAUGACUGAUAUACUGGCCAUAAAGUUAAGGAAUAUGGGCGUUAGUUCUAAAACUGUAAUUGGUAUAAUGAUGGAAAGAUGUUUAGAGUAUACCAUAAGUUAUAUUGCAACUCACAAAGCUGGAAGUGCUUUUGUGGUACUUGAAAUAUCUUAUCCAGAGUCUCUUCUAAUGUCAGUGUUACACGAUUCUAUGCCCAAAUUAAUUCUUACCAAAAAAACAUUUCAACAUCGAUUAAAAGAUCAAGAGUUAAUUCUAUUAGACAGUGGUUGGUUUAAUGAUAUUAAAAGUAUUAGUGCUAUACCACAGCAAAUAGAAAAAAAGCAAUUGGACGAUCUAGCAUACGUUGUAUAUUCUUCUGGUACUACUGGAGAACCAAAAGGUGUUUUGUGUCCUCACCGAGGCGCUGUGUACUCAUUCACAUGGAGACAUAAAGCAUACCCGUAUGAUAACGAUGACAGAGAAGCAUGUAAUGUAUUUUUUAUUUGGGAGAUGCUAAGACCACUUCUUAAAGGGUUACCAAUGUAUAUUAUUCCUGAUGAUGUAAUUUAUGAUCCACCUAGAUUGCUAAAAUUUUUUGAAAAAAACAGAAUUACUAGAGUUCUUUUCACUCCAUCUCUUCUCCAAGCCAUUUUAGAUUUUAAAGGAUUAGAUGUAGCUCGAGGCUUGAAAACACUUAAACAAAUUUGGUUAUGCGGGGAAGUAUUGACUAUGUCAUUGAGAGAUAGACUGGAAAAAAAUGCACCUUGGAUAAAAAUAUUGAAUUUCUACAGCGUAUCGGAAUGUCAUGAUGUUACUUGUGCUGAUGUUUCAAAAAAAAUUGGUAUUGAAAACAGUACUAUUGCUCCAGUGGGUCCACCUAUGUUAGGAGUUCACGUUUUAGUCAUGGAUAGAGAAUAUAAAAUAAAAAAUAUCGGCGAAGCUGGAGAGCUGUAUGUUGGAGGUCCAAACCUAGCUAUAGGGUAUUUGAAUCGACCAGAAUUAAACUCUCAAAGAUUUAUUAAACGACCAACUUCAGUUCCAAUAGAGAUUGGAGAACGGCUGUAUAAAACUGGUGACUGGGGUUAUUUACGAUCUGAUGGAUGUUUAGAAAUAUGCGGAAGAUGUGACUCUAUGGUAAAAAUUAGAGGAUAUAGUAUUGAAUUACAGGCAAUUGAAAAUACUAUUUUAAAUGAACCUGAAGUAAGUGCUGUUUGUGUUUUGUCUGUUGGAGAGGAAGGUGCUGAUAAAUAUUUAGUUUGCUAUAUUGCUUUGAAUGAUCAUUUAUCAUUAACGGCAACAGAUUUAAAGAACAGAUUAAAAUUAAAAUUACCUUUUUAUAUGAUUCCACCUUUCUACUUUUUCCUUGAUAAAUUGCCAAUUGUUGUAGCCACUGGAAAAUUAAAUAAAGAUGCUUUACCAAGAGUGAAAUUGGACAAAAAUAUAGGUAUUAUCAUAGAAAAUUGGAAAACUGAAACAGAAAAAAUAGUUGCUACUAUAUUUUGUAAAGCGUUGAAAAUGUUUAGCAUUGACGUACACGAUAAUUUUUUUGAAAAUGGAGGGCAUUCAUUAUUGGCUGCAAGUGUUGUUGGUGAAAUUAACGAUACAUUUAAAACUAAUUUACGUGUUCAUGAUUUAUUUCUUAAUCCAAACGUUGUAGAAAUGUCUGUAUUAUUAGAUAAAAAUGUUUCAUCGUCAGAAAACAUCAAUUUGGAAGAAGAAUUUAACAAUCUUGUUGACAAUACUACAAUACCUAACAAAAUGAUACGUGCAUUUUGGAGCACAGUAAAUAUUAACAAAAAUAAGUUUACUGCUGGAAAUAUUUUGCUUACAGGAGCUACUGGUUUUGUGGGUGCAUUUAUACUUCAAAGAUUAUUAUUAACUAAAGUCAAUGUGUUUUGUUUGGUACGAAGUUCGGUGGAAUAUGAACCUUUGGAAAAACUUGAACGAACUAUGAGAAAGUAUAACUUAGACUAUGGAUUUCCAAAUGGACCAUUUUAUUCUAGAGUAACAACUUUAAAAGGAGACAUUUCUUUGGUUAAAUUUGGACUAGCGGAUGAAAUUUAUGACACGUUAUGUUUAGACAUCGAUUAUGUUAUACAUGCAGCAGCUCAAGUUAAUUUAUCGUAUCCAUUUAAGGCAUUAUAUAAAAAUAAUGUCAUUGGGACUAAAAAUAUUAUUCAGUUUUGUUUAGAAGGAAAAAUAAAACCAUUACAUCAUAUCAGCUCGUCUUCAGUGUUCCCUCGAAACUUAAAAAAUGUCAAAGAAAAUGAUGAUUCAAUGAAAUGGGCUACAUUAUUAAACGAUGGUUAUGGUCAAACAAAAUGGUUAUCAGAGCAGUUAAUUUUGCAUGCCGUUAAAAAAGGAUUUCCAGCAUCUAUAUUUAGAUGUGGUAAUAUAAGUGGCAGCAGAUAUGUACCUAAUUGGAACUCAUCAGAUCUUACUCUACUUCUUAUUCAAGGUGUACUGUAUACAAAUACAUACCCAGAUAUUAAUUGGCAAAUAGAAUUGACUCCUGUGGAUUUUAUAGCAAACACCAUCGUAAAAUUAUCCCAAAAUAUAGAUAAAUCAUCAGGAAAGGUGUAUCAUAUGGUCAAUGAUUAUUUAGAUUCAAGUUAUUUGUGGCAAGCAAUGUCAGAAUUCGGUUACAAAUUAGAAAAAAAAUCUUAUGAAGAAUGGACAAAUAAAAUUAUAAAAAAUUCAAUUCCAGAGUUAAUUUCUCUUGCUUAUUUACUUAAUUCUUCAUUAAAAUUAGAUAAAUACUUAAAAAAUCAUCCAAAAGUAGAAAGAACUAAUUUGGAAAAUUAUUUAUCCUUCGUCAAUGAAGAAUAUCCAGUGAUAAAUAAAUCUGAAUGUUCAAGAAUACUAAAUACUUUGUCAACAUUAAAUUUAAUACCAAAACCAAGUAUUAUAGAAAAAAAUAUUUUUGUUGGAGACCAAUCAUUACCAUUAAAGUCAAAAGUUAUAUUAAUAACUGGAGCAUCUUCGGGUAUAGGUUAUGCUAUAACCAAAAAACUCGCCUUUGCUGGUGCUAUAGUGGUUCCUACUGGACGGAGAAUAAGUCGUUUAAUUAAAUUACGGAACGAAAUUCUAUCAUUUGGUUUUUCAUCUGUUAUUCCUUAUAAAAUGGAUGUAACGGACAAAACUAAUGUUAAAACUGUUGUACAAAGUAUUGAAAAGACAGUUGGUUUAAUUGAUAUACUAAUCAUAAAUGCGGGUGUCAUGUUUUACACGUCUUUUGAUAAGUGCAAUAUGCAAGAAUGGGAUGAAAUGGUUCAAGUGAAUUGUAAUGGAAUGCUUAAUUGCCUUGGCGCUGUACUUCCACAGAUGACGACUAAAAAUAAAGGGCACAUUGUAAAUAUUACAUCAGAUGCUGGUCGAAGGUCUUUUCCAGGACUUGGUGUUUACUCCGGUACAAAAUUUUUUAUGGAAGGUGUGUCAGGAGCAUUAAGGACAGAGAUGACAGAUUAUAACAUAAAAGUAACUUGUAUUCAACCUGGCGAUGUAAAAACGGAGUUAUUAAAUAAAACAAGUGAUAUUGAGACUAAAAGCCAGUACGAUUGUAGUUCAAAAUAUAAAAUAUUAGAAGCUUCUAAUAUUGCAGAUGCUGUUUUAUUUGCACUUACUCAGCCAUCUUUUUGUGCUAUAAAUGAAAUUUUAAUCGAACCAACAAUGCUUCCAAUUUAAAUAAAUUGGUUUCGUUUAAAUUAUAAUUUUUACAAAAUUAAAUUUAUGCAUCUUUUUAAUGUCAAAGGCGUAAGUGUUUUUGGAGAAGCUAAAUCAAAUUUUUCUUUGUUUAAAUUGUAUUUUAAUAUAAAAAAAAAAUUAGUUUUUCUGAAUUUUAAGUUUAAUCGCUCAACCUCAUACACUGCGUCUAUGCUAAUAGUUAAAUUGUAAACUAAAGAUCUUAUUGUUUUUUUAUAACCAUUCCUUGCUUAUUAUAUUUUUUAUUGACUAUACUGUUUUAUAUUACAUUUUUAUAUACUGUAAUUCUUUUAACUUUGACCAAAGAUGAUCUCUGUUUACUAUUAUUUUUUUUUUAUAAAAAAAAAUUGACUUUUUCGUAUUCACGUUAUACCUUAAUUCAUUUUUUACCAAAAGAAAUCCUUAUUUUUUUCCAAUGAAUUUAGUUAACCACCAUUGUAAGACUCACUAUAAAUGUGUCAUCGUUUUCAACAAGUCUGAACUACGACAUUGUGAGACAUGUGAUACAAUACGAUUUCGGCUUGACGACUUUAAGUGCUCUAUGCAAAAAUUAUUUUGAUAGUUAUUUUAAUAACUACAGAAAAAAUGUACGACCUUUUUUGAAGUGACAAGUAAAAGAAAACUCAUGAAGAUAUCAUUAUAUUAAUAUCAAAUAGAUCACCUCAAACAUAAAUACAGUUUUAUCAUAAUUAUAUUAAUAAUAUUUACAUUU